AUGCUCAUGAAAGCAUCUGCUCAGCUCACCCUCGGCGACAACUCUACCGGUGUCGACAUUGACGAGUUUGUCUCCAAAUGUAUCAUGUUCAUGAAGAACGAUCACGGCAAUGCUUCCGCCGCCUCAACACAACGCCGCAGGCAACGACAGAGCCGUCGCGACGAGGACGACGACGAGGACGAUGAUCAGGAUGCCAAUGAUGUCCUUGAUUGGGCUCACCUCGGGACGCACGCCUGUUUCCCUCACAAUCUGAGACCCGCUGCUCCGAGUUUUCUGCUUGGUCCGCUCUCUGUUCAGAANAAGAUUCGCGUCCAGACUCAGCGUCGUGCUCGUCAACGCAAAGAUUCCACUGUCAAGGAAGUCCGCCCAGAAGCUUUGACUGAACGCGAUCUUCAAACGAACGAGAAUAAUGCCUUGACGACGCUGUGUCAGAACAUAAAGAAGAUCCUUGACAACCAUUGUGCUACUGCUGCUGCAGCAGUAGAGGCGCUCGGCGAGGAAGACUACGAUCAAGCAUUGGUAGAGAUGAAACGGCAGCGCAUUACCCCUACUGGUGGACCGAGUCUGUUCGAUUUUGCAAUCAAUCCUCACAGUUUUAGCCAGACUGUGGAGAAUAUCUUCUACAUCAGUUUCCUAAUCAAAGAAGGCAAUGUCGGUCUGGAGAUGGACGAAAAUGGAUUGCCUACUCUCAGUAAGUUGUCUCGAUGA